UCAGUGUCCAUCAGUGCAAGCUGUCAGUGCUCAUCCAUGCCACCUGCCAGUGCCCAACAGUGCCACAUCAAUGCCUACCAGUGCACAUCAAUGGCACAUAUCAAUGCCCAUUCGAGAUGCCUUUCAGUGUCACCCAUCAUUGCCAGUCAGUGCCACCUAUCAAUUCCAGUCAGUGCCACAUAUCAGUGUGCAUCAGUGCUGCCUAUCAGUGCCCAUCAGUGCUGCCUAUCAGUGCCACCUAACAUCAGUGCUGCCUAUCAGUGUCGCCUAUCAGUGCCAUAUAUGAGUGCUGCCUUUCAGUGCCCAUCAGUGAUG